GCGAAAAGCGACUUCCACACAAUGUUCCAGUCGGCAUCGUCCGCGCGCCUUUCGCUGCAUCGUUACCAUGCGGUGAAGAGUUUUUCCAGCCUUCCCUUCACCCGCCCGCUGGGCUUUGACGUGGCCAAGGAGAGAAGCAAGUUUGGGCACAAAGUGUCGCCGUUCCCGAUCGACAAGAUGAACGAGUGGCUUGAUCCCGACAACCGCGACAUGCGCCGCGAGUUGAAAGCAUUCCUCAAAGACGAUUCGUUCCGACCGCGGUACAACAUUCCCCUCGCCGAGGAACGGGAAAUUGCGCUGAGUCAAUUGAAGAAGAUUUGUGAUGCAAAGUUCUUCUCGGUUAAAGACUUCCACACGAACCCGCACAAUAUUUACGCGGCCCAUGAAAUCGCCGGUCUCACGAACCCUUCCAUGGCAACCAAGAUGACGGUACAGUUCAACUUGUUUGGCGGCACUGUGUUGAAGCUUGGGACGGAGAAGCACCACGAACGCUUCGUCGACGAGAUCGAUUCGUUGGACUCUGUUGGGUGCUUUGGCUUGACUGAGCUGGGGUAUGGAAACAAUGCCGUUGAAAUGGAGACGACGGCGGUGUACGAUGACGCUACCGAUGAGUUUAUCAUCAACACCCCUACCGUGUUGGCGCAAAAGUACUGGAUUACCAACUCUGCAGUGCAUGCCAAGUGGGUCGUCGUGUUUGCCCAAUUGCAGGUCAAGAACGAGCAGCACGGAAUCCACGCCUUCCUUGUACGCAUUCGCAACGAAGACAUGACUGUGAGCGAACAUGUGCGCGUGGAGGACAUGGGGCACAAAAUGGGCUGCAACGGCGUCGACAACGGGAAAAUUCUGUUUGACAACGUCCGCAUUCCCCGUGCCAACAUGCUGGAUGCGCUCUCGCAAGUGAGUGCCGAUGGAACAUUCACGAGUCACGUACCAAGCAAGCGUGGUCGAUUUUUGGCUGUCGCGGAUCAAUUGCUCAGUGGUCGUGUGUGCAUCGCCGCCAUGUUAAUGGGUGGGACAAAGCUGUCGUUGGCGAUUGCAAUGCGGUAUGCCGCCAGCCGCGCGACCGUCGGGCCCAAAGGCAAGUCGGACACAGCCAUCUUGCACUAUGGCCUUCAGAAACAAACUUUGCUGCCUCUCGUCGCCCGCACAUAUGUCCUUGCUCACGGACUUAAUGUCGUCAAAGACAAGUACAAGGCGUGGAAUAAGUCGAAAGACCCGCUGGAACGCCUCGAGCUCGUUGUGCUGUGCUCGGCGAUCAAGCCGGUCGUGUCGUGGAACUCGGAAAACGUCGUGAGUAUCUGCCGCGAACGGUGCGGUGGUCAGGGAUAUCUGUCAGCGAAUCGCUUUGGUGAAGUUUUGGGGUUUUCCCAUGCUGCUAUCACGGCCGAGGGCGACAACCGUGUGCUCAUGACCAAGGUUACCAAGGAGCUUGGCGAAUUGCUCAAGCAAGGCCGAUACAAACUGUCUCCAACUGCGGACAAACCAUUUGCAGGCACGCCGUCGUGGAAUGACCUCGAGUACCUCAAGUAUUUGCUUGGCGUGCGCGAAGCUGCGUUGUUUGGCAAGCUGGGCAAGAUCAUGAAGAGUGACAUGGAACAGGGCAAAACUGUGUUUGAUGUUUGGAUGCUGGAACAGUCUGCGCUGAUCCAAGACAUUGCGCUCUCAUACGUCGAGCGCAUGUCGUUCGAAGCGACUCUCGAGUCCCUGCAAGACUCGAGGAACGUGGAGCUGCGACCAACCUUGACCAAGCUGGCGCUCUUGUACGGCGUGACGUGCGUCCAACGCGACUUGGGGUGGUACGUAUGCAACAAUGUGGUCGCCACCGAUAUCGGGAACGAGGUGGACAACGUGGUCAAAGAGUUGUGCAGUUCCAACGAAGGCGGCCUUGGUGACGAUGCUCUUCACUUGAUUCAUGCGUUUGACAUUCCCGACUACGUCAUGGGUGCCCCCAUUGCACUCGACUGGGUCAAAUUCAACGAAACAGACAACCAAGGCGAAAUCGUCUAAGUUGGUAUAACAUGUGGAGGAAUGCUUGUGUUGGCACACACAUCCAAGACGAAUCCUUGGGAUUUGAUGCACCAACGAGUGGCGCAC